AAAGGUAAAGAAAGUGGAAACAUUGGGAUCAAAAAGGGUACUAAGGAAAAAAAUACACAUGUACUUAAAAGCACAGUACGGGAGCAGAUAGAAGCACAGAGGGAAAAGAGGAGAGCGAGGUAGACGGAUCCUGCUUAUGCCUACUCCAUCUCUCUUUCAGCACCAAGGACAGAACCUCUCAGCGGGUGACCCUAGCAACGUUCAGUUUAGGGUCCCUCCCGAAUCCUCUAGAGAAAACGGAUGCAUUCAAAAGCAGCUAUAAAACAUGCACUAAGAUCUAAUGGGGAAGCUGGAAAAGGAGCACACAAGUAAUUUCACCUUAGAGGUAAAAAUGGGUGAUUUUCUUUCUGUUCAUGUACAUAGUUUCUGUGUCCUGGGAAAGGCAAAGUUUGCUCUGCUUGGGUAUGUCUGCUAUCAGUAAAUGGCUGCAGGAGCUGAAUGCUAAACUCCACAGUCUCCAGAAAUCAGAAGAAAUUUUCAGGGAAACCACUUGGGGUCACGCUCCUUCCUCUGGGCUAUGGCGCCUCUGAGCCAGCUGAGUGGCCACCUGAACUACACCUGUGGGACAGAGAAUUCCACAGGUGCCAGACAGGCCCACCCACAUGCCUACUAUGCCCUCUCCUACUGUGCACUCAUCCUGGCCAUCGUCUUUGGCAACGGCCUGGUGUGCGUGGCUGUGCUGAGGGAGCGGGCCCUGCAGACCACCACCAACUACCUGGUGGUGAGCCUGGCUGUGGCAGACUUGCUGGUGGCCACCUUGGUGAUGCCCUGGGUGGUAUACCUGGAGGUGACAGGUGGAGUCUGGAAUUUCAGCCGCAUUUGCUGCGAUGUUUUUGUCACCCUGGAUGUCAUGAUGUGUACGGCCAGCAUCCUGAACCUCUGUGCCAUCAGCAUAGACAGAUACACCGCGGUGGUCAUGCCGGUGCACUACCAGCAUGGCACGGGACGGAGCUCCUGUCGGCGCGUGGCCCUCAUGAUUACAGCUGUCUGGGUGUUGGCCUUUGCUGUGUCCUGCCCUCUCCUCUUUGGCCUCAACACCACAGGGGACCCCAGCGUCUGCUCCAUCUCCAACCCUGAUUUUGUCAUCUACUCUUCAGUGGUGUCCUUCUACUUGCCCUUUGGAGUGACUGUCCUUGUCUAUGCCAGGAUCUAUGUGGUGUUGAGACAAAGGAGACGGAAGCGGAUCCUUACUCGACAAAACAGUCAGUGCAUCAGUGUCAGGCCCGGCUUCCCUCAACAAGCCCUCUCUCCUGGUCAGGCACACAUGGAGCUGAAGUGCUACUACAGCAUCUGCCAAGAUACUGCCUUGGGGGGACCAGGCUUCCAAGAAAGAGGAGAAGAGUUGAAAAGGGAAGAGAGGAGUCGUAACUCCCUAAGCCCCACCAUAGCACCCAAGCUCAGCUUAGAGGUUCGAAAACUCAGCAAUGGCAGGUUAUCAACGUCCCUGAAGCUGGGGCCCCUGCAACCUCGGGGAGUACCACUUCGGGAGAAGAAGGCAACCCAGAUGGUGGUCAUUGUGCUUGGGGCCUUCAUUGUCUGCUGGCUGCCCUUCUUCUUGACUCACAUUCUCAAUACCCACUGCCAAGCAUGCCACGUGUCCCCAGAGCUUUACAGAGCUACGACAUGGCUGGGCUACGUGAACAGCGCCCUCAACCCCGUGAUCUAUACCACCUUCAAUGCUGAGUUCCGCAAAGCCUUCCUCAAGAUCCUGUCUUGCUGAAGGAGGAGAGGCGGGAAUACUCCUUGUGCCCAUUUCUAGCUGCCAGGCUGUGGGGCCACU